CAGUGAUCUGCCAGUACAUCAGUCUCUACUUAUUCCCUGAAUCGAAUCCUCUCAGUUUCGAACAACCCGCCGCGAUGGACUCCUUCGAUCACACACAUGAUCUGCAAGACUACUCUACGUUCUUUCCAGAGGCAACCUAUGACCUCUUCGGAGAAUAUGGCCUUUAUUGCGACUUGUUAGACUAUCCUAUCUCUGGGUUCGGGCAUGGAGAAGCCCCAAGCUCACCGCCAGAAACCCAGGGUCCAAUUUACCGCCAAAUUCUUUCAGUAGAUCAGUCUCCUUGGGGCUCCGGCUUACCCCCUGUGAAUGACUCUGGCAGUGCGGCCCCUUCAGCUCAGGAAAACGUGGUUCCGACCCCCCAAGCCUCGAACGCCUCGGAUUCGGCAAGCCUAAAGUCAAGUGCGACUUUGCCUUUUGCCAAGGGUUAUCUCAAGAGUAAGACAGCAGUACUCGAUGAAGGCGACGAAAGUCCUGCAAUAAAGCGAAGGAAAUGGCAGAAGCAUGUUGUCAUUUUCUCUACUGACCAGAACAAGAAUGUUGUGCCGAGGCGAAGGAAGGCUUUUGCUCCAACCCGAAAGAAAGAGGUGGCGUUGAACCGGCUGAUUGGGGCAUGUGUUCGAUGUAAACUUCGGAAAGCAGCAUGCGAUUUCGGGCUACCGUGCCAGCAAUGCCUCAAGCGAGCUGGGAAUACUGGACUUGGGCACGAGAUCUGUAGCAGACAGAGCUUGAUGGCAGUGCGUUUUAAUAAUAUCGACCUUUACAGGAGCGACGACGCCCCAAGUUUCACCGUAUACCCACGUAUCCCACACACAGAGAAGACGGUUUACGUUUCGUAUCCAUCUUGUUGCGGAAGGUCUAGUACAUUUUUCGCAGUCAGAAUUCAGGAUUACCAGCCGCAUCCGGUUUCGGAAGACAUCGCAAGGGUUCUUGUGUCUUGGAAUUAUCGGGAGCGGGAAGAAACCGUAAUCCCCGAUGGUAAUAGCGCUUUCAUUUUCGACUCAUUACCACCCCUUGAAGAGCUGCUUUAUUGCAGAGAAACUCGACACCAUUUCUGCGAUUCAGGCCCUUUAUCUGGCCUGCAAAAAGCAUUCAGCGAAUUUGCGGAAGAUUAUUCCAAUAAAGAUCGCAAUCUACCACUACAAAGUCUUUUGAAAAAGGUAAUACACAUGAAACUUCUACUGGGUCUUUACAGGCUGUGCCCGAUCAUGAAGCAGACAAAAGAUUCCGUUGAGACAGAGUUUGCAUCCUGGGCAAUGCAGUCUCAAAUACAAAACCUCGUUAUGAAAGAAGCUGUGAAAUUGGAAGCUGAAGUACUUUCUGAACUUGAGAGAAUACUGCAUAGUUCCCAAAGCAUCGGGAGCCAGAAUCCAAUCGCCAUAUGGGUGUGCUUGUGGCUUUUGUUGCUAUACUACAAGUCCCACUUGGUUUUCAUAUGGUCUGUUUAUGGAGGUAGAGCGUCGGUAACAGGCCCGAUCUAUAGUCUUGGGAGGCAUCUUUACAACGCAAUCACUUCCAUCUAUUCAGCACUUUACAAAACAACCACCCCUCUUACAUUUGACUGGCGGAAGGAAGAAAUCUCCAAAAUGCUUGGCAGAGAUUCUGAGCUGAUCAAAUCUUUCUGCAAUAUCAAAACCGAGAUGUUUUGGCUUCAUGCUGAGAGAGACGAUUUGCUUGAGGAGGAUUCUUUAUUCAAAACCCUACCGCCGUCUGCCAUCACGCAGGCGAUCGUCGGCCAGUUCUCUGGCACAAAAGAACAGCAGAUUAUCACGGUUUCGGGCUCUUGCCUGACCAUCCUUCGUCCAGAUCCGAGCCUGGGCAAAGUCAUAACGCUCGUCUCACAUGACAUCUUUGGCGUGAUCAGAUCUAUUGUCUCGUUCCGCCUUGCAGGAAGCACCAAGGCCACUGACUCAGGCCGCAUCGCUGUCAUCGAGUACGUUCCGGCCAAAAACCCCUUCUCUCGUAUCCACUUGGAGACAUUUGGGAAGUCUGGCGUACGCCGUGUCAUCCCAGGUCAAUACCUUGCUGCAGAUCCCAAGGGCAGAGCAUGCCUCAUCGCCUCUGUUGAGAAGAAUAAGCUCGUUUAUGUUUUCAACCGCAACGCCCAAGCCGAACUCACCAUAUCCUCGCCUCUCGAGGCUCACAACCACGGUGUCCUUGUCUUCUCCCUCGUUGCUCUCGAUGUUGGCUAUGCGAAUCCUGUGUUCGCGGCUUUAGAGACGAACUACUCAGAGUCAGACCAGGAUGCAUCAGGUCAGGCAUAUCAAGAAGUGGAGAUACAACUUGUCUACUAUGAGCUGGAUCUCGGUUUAAAUCAUAUUGUCCGCAAGUGGUCGGAACCUGUCAACCAAACAUCAACCCUACUCUUUCAAAUCCCAGGCGAAAACGAUAGUCCAAGUAGUGUGCUUGUGUGUGGAGAGGAAAGUGUCACCUAUAGACACUCAAACCAGGAGGCUUUUCGUGUCCCUAUCCCGAGACGGCGAGGCGCUACAGAGGACCCUCAACGGAAGCGCACUAUAGUUUCGGGAGUAAUGCACAAACUGAAGGGUAGCACUGGUGCAUUCUUCUUCCUCCUUCAAACCGAAGACGGAGACCUUUUCAAGGUGACGCUUGAUAUGCUGGAAGACAGCGAUGGUAAUCUAACUAGAGAGGUGAAACGUAUCAAGAUCAAGUACUUUGAUACUAUUCCGGUUGCGAAUAGUCUCUGUAUUCUCAAGAGCGGAUUUCUAUUCGUCGCUAGCGAGUUUGGGAACCAUUAUUUCUAUCGAUUCGAAAAGCUUGCAGAUAACGACGAUGAACUUGAGUUUACCAGUGACGACUUUCCCACUGAUCCCCGCGCUUUCUAUAACCCUAUCUACUUCUAUUCGCGGUCCCUGGGGAAUCUGGCGUUAGUUGAAAGUAUCGAUUCUAUAAAUCCACUUAUAGAUUGCAAGGUCGCAAAUCUGAUGGGAGAAGACGCUCCGCAGAUAUACUCGGGGUGCGGUAACGGUGCAAGGAGCACUUUUCGGAUGCUAAAGCAUGGUUUGGAAGUCCACGAAAUUGUUGCUUCAGAGCUGCCGGAAACUCCUUCUGCGGUUUGGACGACCAAGCUUACUAGUGAAGAUGAAUACGACGCCUACAUUGUCCUGGCCUUCUCAAACGAUACUAUGGUCUUGAGUAUUGGAGAGACAGUCACGCAAGCCACUGAUUCAGGCUUUCUCACAUCAGUCGAAACCCUUGCAGUCCAGCAAACCGGUGACGAUAGUCUCAUUCAAGUCCACCCCAAAGGAGUUCGACACAUUCGAAACAAACUAGCAAACGAAUGGAUGGCUCCCCAACAUCGUUCCAUAAUUGCUGCUGCGACGAAUGAGCGGCAGGUAGCCGUGGCUCUGAGUUCAGGAGAGAUUGUCUACUUUGAGAUGGGUAGCGACGGAUCUCUCGCAGAUAAGCAGUGCGAAGAGGGUAUAGUCGGGAUCCACGCCAAUCACCUCCGGAUCUUCUCCAUCGAACAACUACGCAACAACUUAAUCCAGAAAUCGCUACCUCUUACAUAUACCCCGCGACAACUUGUCAAGCACCCUGAUCAGCCAUAUUUCGAUAUUAUCGAAUCUGAAAACAAUACGCUAGCACCGGAGCUGCGUGCGCAAUUGCUGGCGCAUCCAAACGAUGUCGAUGGCGAUGCUAAGGUACUCCCGCCAAAAGAGUUUGGUUACCCCCGCUGGCGUGGCAGAUGGGCAUCCUGCAUAAGCAUUGUUGAUCCUGUUGGCGAAGAGCCCCGAGUGCUUCAAAUAAUCGACCUCAAAAGCAACGAGGCUGCCGUCAGCGCUUCGAUAGUCUCCUUUGCCAGCCAGGAAGGCGAGAGCUUCUUGAUCGUCGGCACUGGGAAGGACAUAGUCCCCAACCCGAGGCAAUUUUCUGGAGGCUAUAUCUACGUCUAUCAGUUUCAUAGAGAUGGCAAGGGUCUGGAAUUCAUGCAUAAGACCAAGGUCGAGGAACAACCAAUGGCGCUCCAGCCCUUCCAGGGUCGAAAAUAA